AUGUCGACUUCAAAUCGGACUUCACAUCCUUUCAUCCCCGCUACUCCGGGCGAUCGACGUUCUCCUUGUCCAGCACUCAACGCACUAGCAAAUCAUGGCUACUUGCCCCGCAAUGGACAGAACAUUGGACUUUGGCAUCUGAUACGCGCGGUCCAAGAAGUGUACAACCUGUCCUUUAUAUUGGCAACCUUACUCGCCUUGGCAGGAAUCCUGCUUUGUGGUCAUGCCUUUCGUUUGGACCUUGACGCACUGGCUAUCCACAACAAAAUCGAACACGACGCAUCCCUCGUUCAUGCAGAUGCAUCGGGUCAGCAGCGUGCACCUACUGAGGUCGACCCAAAACUUCUCAAGUCAUUUCUAAGCCAUGCAGAUCCUCAAAGAGGCACGAGUCUGUAUGACCUCGCGCAAGUGCGCAUAUCUCGCGAGGCCCAGCUGGCUCAUCCACUCGACCUCAUCCAUUCCCAGAUCGGGGCUGCUGAGGCAGCCUUGUGUUGGUUGCUUCUUAAGCAAGACACUGGUCGCAUCCCUUCAAGCAUACUCUUGCAAUGGUACGGGGAAGAACGCCUGCCCGACAAUUGGGCACGACCACGUCAUGUUAUAGGGUUGCUCGAUGCGCGCGCAAAGGCGGCGGAAGUGGCACACAUCAUGAACAGUCACAGAAAGUCUACAUGGCGUGGUACACCGUCGUCUUACAGCCUCAAUGCCUUCGUAUCAGGAUUAAGGACAAUACUUAAGUGCGAUCCAUAAUGCCUGCAAUAUAUUUAC